AUGCAUAUCUUCUUAGCAGCACUAUACCUCGCCGCGCCUAUACUGGCAGCGGUGACUCGAGCUCAUGAGAUCGUUGUACACGAGACGGCAACUGUGCCUCAAGGAUGGCAGCUUGUGGGCGAUGCAGACGAGUCGGCAUAUCUAGAACUCUCAAUUGCCUUAACUCAGCCCUGGCUGGGAGAAUUGAAGAAACGGCUCGCAGAAACCAGCAACCCAGACCAUGCCAAUUUCGGUGCGCAUCUUGGCCGAAUCCAACUACAAAAAUACCAGAGGACCGACCAUCAGUCUACUUCAGCAGUGCUUGCUUGGUUGAGGCAGGCAGGUGUCCACGAGACCUAUCUUGACACAGCUUGGAUCCGCUUCAACGCGACUAUCCAGUCGAUCAACUCCUUACUGAACUGCGAAUUGAUGGAAUAUGAAACACCACGAGCUGCCCGGGUUUAUAGAGCGACGGAUUAUGGCCUGCCUAGUGAUUUGGUGCAGCACAUCCAAUUCAUUUACCCUGUAACUCAGUUCAUUGAGACUUCGCCAAGAGCUCAACCACCACAUCAUGAAGAUGUUGUUGAGGUAACUCGCAGACAAGCUUCCAUUCCUCAGGUAUGCUCCAGUUAUGUCACACCAGAUUGUUUGGUAGCUCUAUACAACAUCACGUACACUGCACCUGAUUCACUAUCAGGAAGUACGCUGGGCAUAGGUGGUUUCCUGGAGGAAUAUCCCAACCAAGGCCUUUUGCAAACUUUUCUUGGAAAGUACAGUCCUGAGCGAAACGCCUCCGGCUAUAGUGCCGAGUAUAACUUCACUGUAGCGUCCGUCAACGGCGGCAACGACACCAACACCGGUUCAGGUGGCGAGGCUAUACUCGACACCUUUUACAGCAUGGCGUUCACCCAGCCCCUGCCAGUCACGUACCUCUCCACUGGAGGUCGAGGACUGUACAUCGGUCCUGACGGUACGGACCAGAGCAACGCGACCUCAAACGGCUAUGAGCCCUGGCUCGAGUUCCUCGAGUAUCUGCUGGCGCUCGAUGAUGAGACACUUCCAAAGGUCUUGUCGCUGAGCUACACUGACGACGAGCAAGGCACACCGCGCGCAUAUGCUAUCAAAGUCUGCGAUUUGUUCAUGCAGCUUGCAGCGAGGGGUGUGUCGGUGCUAGCGGCCUCGGGCGAUAAUGGCGCCUCUGGCAUUGAAGGCGACUGCAUCGUCAACGCCGGGCCCAACAAAGGCCAGUCGCGCUUCCUCGCUGGAUUCCCCGCGUCGUGUCCAUAUGUCACCUCCGUUGGAGCUACGGGCCAGUAUAUACCAUGGGAACCGACGUCGUGGUCGAGCGGGGGGUUCUCGGAGUAUUUCGAGACGCCGGAGUGGCAGCUGACCGACACGGCAAACUACAUCACCGGGCUAAAUGGGACGCAUGAUGGAUGGUAUAACACAAGCGGCCGUGGCUUCCCGGAUGUGACACUGAUCGGCGUGCGAUAUGUACUCGACGGAACGUUUACCGCUAAAGGGACAAGUGCCUCCACGCCUGUCUGGGCCUCAAUGAUCACACUCAUAAACGAUGCACGCUUGAGAGCCGGCAAGCCAGUGUUGGGUUUUUUGAACCCGCUCUUGUACUCGGAAAAGGUUCGCGCCGCGCUCUGGGACAUAUCCUCUGGCAACAUUGGGGGCUGCUACCGUGGCAGCGAUGGUCACGUCGAAGUCGGAUGGAGUGCUACGCAAGGGUGGGAUCCUGCGUCUGGUCUAGGAACUCCCAACUUUGGAGCGUUGCUAGAAGUCCUGGGUUGA